AUGCAACGGUUGCCUAUCGAGAUCAUGUCAUACAUUGCCAAUUCUCUGGACUUACAUGACAUAUUCAACCUCAGCUUGACCUGUUCCCAAUUCAGAUACAUUGUUUACAAUGACGAUAUCUGCCGGGCCGCACUCGAGACCAACGCCUCCUACUCAGCUGAGGUUCAAAAUGCCCGCUCCUCGAGGCAAUAUGCUCGUUCCUUGCGGCGAUUGGUCAAGACUCAAAUUGCAAUUUCCGCAGCCGCGCCAUACUCUGUUGCACUUGUUGCCCAAGCAGACGAGUAUCUGUACUGUGAUGGCAUGCUUUGCUAUACACAUGGCCACGAGUCGCUCCGUCUGCUCCAUUUACAUGAGUCUUCUGGCUCCGAGAUUGUCAUCGAUAUCUACACGCUACUGCAGUCCGCCUUGGAAUCGAAUACCAGAGAUAGCAGAUGCAAGUUUCGCCCAAUUCACUUCGCCUGUGGGAUUGUAACCUGCCUUUACAGCCCGCCAAAAUCCGAAGGCCGAAGCCGCCUCAUUAUUCUAGAUCUACAGCAAAAGAGGCUCCUGGCAGCUCAUUGUCUCGGAUCUACAUCCAAGUUGUUUGUGCGCAAUAACAGGGAACAUCUUUAUUAUGGCACCCACUCUCUGACUGGCGAUGACGGCUUCAAAAGAUGGGCUCUCAAGCGAUUUGACAUCUGCAAGGAGCAAUGGGCCCCGGGCCAUCUGGAGCUUGAAGACUUAGUCGGGUCAGAUAUUGGUGCCACUGUCUGUUUUGAGUUACUUGGCAAUCACUUCUAUGGAAUUUCAAGCCUGAAUACUUUCGAGGCCUAUGAGAACGACUGGACUUCGUAUUACUACGGAUUUCGUCUGCCGGUAGGGAGCUCACGG